AGUUCCCUAGGGCCAACAAAAGCCUCUCGCGCGGUCGCAACUCUAUGGUUCCGGGAGGCGGGGCCUGCGGCCUGGUGCAUGCUGGGUCGGCGGCGGACGCCUCGGGGCUUCAGUCAUGGCGUCGGUGCUGUGUUCCCGGCUCUGGUUCUGGGCUGUGCUGCUUGUCCCUGCGGCCGCGGUUUAUGAAGACCAAGUGGGCAAGUUUGAUUGGAGACAGCAGUAUGUUGGGAAGCUCAAGUUUGCCUCCUUGGAAUUUUCCCCUGGAUCCAAGAAGUUGGUUGUGGCCACAGAGAAGAAUGUGAUUGCGGCAUUAAAUUCUCGCACUGGGGAGAUCUUGUGGCGCCAUGUUGACAAAGGCACGGCAGAAGGAGCCGUGGACGCCAUGCUGCUCCAUGGACAGGAUGCAAUCACUGUGUCCAAUGGAGGCCGCAUUAUGCGCUCCUGGGAGACUAACAUUGGAGGCCUGAACUGGGAGAUAACCUUGGACAGCAGCAGUUUUCAGGCACUUGGGCUGGUAGGCUUGCAGGAGUCAGUGAGGUACAUUGUGGUCCUGAAGAAGACAACUCUCGCCCUCCAUCACCUCUCCAGUGGGCACCUAAAGUGGGCGGAGCAUCUCCCAGAAAGUGACAGCAUCCACUAUCAGAUGGUGUAUUCCUAUGGCUCUGGGGUAGUGUGGGCCCUUGGCGUUGUUCCCUUCAGCCAUGUGAACACUGUCAAGUUUAACGUGGAGGAUGGAGAGAUUGUUCAGCAGGUCAGGGUUUCAACUCCAUGGCUGCAGCGUCUCACUGGAGGCUGUGGUUUGGUAGCAGAGGCUGUCCUGGUGUGCCCUGACCCUAGCUCACGCUCUCUUUAUACUUUGGCCCUGGAGACGGAAUGGGAACUUCAGCAGAUCCCACUGCAGUCUCUUGACUUAGAAUUUGGAAGUGGAUUCCAGCCUCGAGUGCUGCCCACACAGCCCAACCCAGUGGAUCCUUCUCGGCCCCAGUUCUUCCUGCAGUUGUCCCCAAGCCACUAUGCCCUGCUACACUACCACCAGGGAACUCUGAGUCUGCUCAAAAACUUCCCCCAGACUGCCCUUGUGAGCUUUGCUACUACUGGGGAGAAGACGGUGGCUGCAGUCAUGACCUGUCGGAAUGAAGUGAAACCUAGCAGUUCUGAAGAUGGGUUCAUGGGGAACUUUGUGGAGAAGUCCAGUGCACAGGACUCACUGGCUUGCUUCAACCAGACCUACACCAUUAACCUCUACUUAGUGGAGACGGGUCGGCGGCUGCUGGACACCACAAUUACGUUUAGCCUGGAGCAGAACCAUACUCAACCUGAGCGACUAUACAUCCAGGUGUUCUUGAAGAAGGAUGACUCAGUGGGCUACCGGGCCUUGGUGCAGACACAGGACCAUCUGCUACUUUUUCUGCAGCAGCUGGCAGGGAAGGUGGUGCUAUGGAGCCGCGAGGAGUCCCUGGCAGAGGUGGUGUGCCUGGAGAUGGUGGACCUCCCCCUGACAGGGGCACAGGCAGAGCUGGAAGGAGAAUUUGGCAAGAAAGCAGCAAUUCAAGACGGCCUGCUGGGGAUGUUCCUAAAACGCCUCUCGUCUCAGCUCAUCCUACUGCAAGCGUGGACUUCCCACCUCUGGAAAAUGUUCUAUGAUGCUCGGAAGCCCCGAAGUCAGAUUAAGAACGAGAUCAACAUUGACACCUUGGCCAGGGAUGAAUUCAACCUGCAGAAGAUGAUGGUGAUGGUAACAGCCUCAGGCAAGCUUUUUGGCAUUGAGAGCAGCUCUGGCACCAUUCUGUGGAAACAGUAUCUACCCAGUGUCAAGCCAGACUCCUCUUUUAAACUGAUGGUCCAAAGAACUACUGCUCACUUCCCCCACCCCCCACAGUGCACACUCCUGAUAAAGGACAAGGAAACAGGAAUGAGCUCUCUGUAUGUCUUCAAUCCCAUUUUUGGGAAGUGGAGUCAGGUAGCCACCCCGGUGCUGAAGCGCCCCAUCUUGCAGUCCUUGCUUCUCCCAGUCAUGGAUCAAGACUAUGCCAAAGUCUUGCUGUUGAUAAACGAUGAGUACAAGGUCACAGCUUUUCCAGCCACUCGGAAUGUCUUGCGACAGCUACAUGAGCUUGCCCCAUCUAUCUUCUUCUAUUUGGUGGAUGCAGAGCAGGGAUGGCUAAGUGGAUAUCGGCUUCGCAAGGAUCUCACCACUGAACUGAGCUGGGAGCUGACCAUUCCCCCAGAAAUACAGCGGAUCGUCAAGGUGAAGGGGAAGCGCAGCAGCGAGCACGUCCAUUCCCAGGGCCGGGUGAUGGGGGACCGCAGUGUGCUCUACAAGAGCCUGAACCCCAACCUGCUGGCCGUGGUGACAGAGAGCACGGAUGCGCACCAUGAGCGCACCUUUAUUGGUGUCUUUCUCAUUGAUGGUGUCACAGGACGCAUCAUUCACUCCUCGGUGCAGAAGAAAGCCAAGGGCCCUGUCCACAUCGUGCACUCAGAGAACUGGGUGGUGUACCAGUACUGGAACACCAAGGCUCGGCGCAAUGAGUUCACGGCCCUGGAGCUCUACGAGGGGACUGAGCAAUACAAUGCCACUGCCUUCAGCUCCCUGGACCGCCCACAGCUUCCCCAGGUCCUUCAGCAGUCCUACAUCUUCCCUUCCUCCAUCAGUGCCAUGGAAGCCACCAUCACUGAGCGGGGGAUCACCAGCCGACAUCUGCUUAUUGGGCUACCUUCCGGAGCAAUUCUUUCUCUCCCUAAGGCCUUACUGGAUCCCCGGCGACCUGAGAUCCCAACAGAACAAAGCAGAGAGGAGAACCUAAUCCCCUAUUCUCCAGAUGUACAGAUCCACGCAGAGCGAUUCAUCAAUUAUAAUCAGACUGUCUCUCGAAUGCGCGGUAUCUACACAGCUCCCUCGGGCCUGGAGUCUACAUGUUUGGUUGUAGCCUAUGGUUUGGACAUUUACCAAACUCGAGUCUACCCAUCCAAACAGUUUGAUGUCCUGAAGGAUGACUAUGACUAUGUAUUGAUCAGCAGUGUCCUCUUUGGCCUGGUUUUUGCUACUAUGAUCACUAAGAGGCUGGCACAGGUGAAACUCCUGAAUCGAGCUUGGAGGUAGACUGAAGACUCCAAGCCCAGUGGAGAGCUGUGGUAGCUGAGGUGCUACACCUGUGGUUUGGCAGAUUGGUGGAAUGUGUGUGCUGGGUUCUGCUGUCUGUUGAGUUGGGGAAAUGCGGACCUUAAUGUAGAACUGCUUUUGAGACACAUGAUGCACGAUCCUGUGGAUAAAGACUGAGCUCAUUCACCCCAGCUGAGGAUCUCCAAGCAUCUGAUGGACUUUCCCCCAAAGUCUGGGGCCACUGCCAUUUCCUUUGCCCAUCCAUGAAGACCUCUAACUGAACCAUGCGUAGUGACCCACCAUUGUAAUCCCAAUACUCUGCUAGGUUGAGGCAGGAUGAUUGUAAAUUUAAGCUCAGCCUGGGGAACUUAGUGACUUAAAGAGACCCUGUCUCAACAUUAAAAGGGGCGGGGGUGCUGGAGAUGUACCUCACUGAGAAGGCCUGGCAUGGGUUCAAUCCCCAGUACAACAAAACAAAGCAAAACCCAACUGACUUUUAAAAAAACUUUUAUUGGUACAUGCUUACAGUACAUAAUGAUUACAAUCAUCAUAGCUGAUUUUUAUUUUUUCCUUUUUUUUUCAGUGCUGAGGCUCAAACCUAGAGCCUCAUGCAAGCUAGAUAAGUUCUCUAACAACAUUGAGCUACAUCCCAAGCCUUGAUGUUUCUCUUGUUUUUUUCCCCCAGUACUGGGAAUCCAACUCAGGACCUUGCACUUGCCAGGCAGGUGCGGCGCUGUUUCUCUUUUGCAAUGCAUGUUUAAAUUGAUUUUCGUUUGCCUUUUGUGUUUCCCAGUCUUAUUUAGAAAUCCUGAUUUUUUCCCUGUCUCUUGCUUCAAAGUCGGUAGGGAGCUUCUGUUGCCAACUUUACCUUGUAGGUGCAUUUGCUACUUGACCUUGGUGGAUGGGGAAACACAAGAUCUUUGAGAUGGUCUUGUUAUGUAGUUCAUGCUCACCUUGAACUCACUGUGGAGCUCAGGCUGGCUUCAAAUUCAGUGAUGCUCCCACUUCAGGUUCCUGAGUACUGGAAUUACAGGUAUGUGCCACCACACCCAGCCCUUGUGUUCUCAUAAGAUUGAGCCACCCAGUCCUCAGUUUAUCAGAGCCAAGUUCAUAUAGCAUCUUGGUUUGCUGGAUAUUGCCUGUGUGUUUCUCCUAAGAUGUGUCAGAGCAAAGGCCUUUUUAAAACUACUGAGUUUUCUGAACCUGAAGAGAUUUCAGUCUCAUUUUGUCCACAGGCUGGCCUAGUUAUCAUACAACCCAGGGAAAGAUGCUCUUAAGGACCUUAUUUAUUUUUAGUUUUGCGUGCGUGUGUGUACGCAUGCGUGUGUGUGUGUUGGGGGAUGAAUGCACAGCCCCAUGUGCUCUACCACUGAGCUAUACUCCCCAGCUAGGUGUAGGUAUAAAUUAAUGUCAUUAUAUUUCCUUUAAAAUGAGCUGACUUAAGGCUCUACUGAUCUUUUUUGAGUGUGGUGCUAGGGAUCAAACCCAGGGCCUCACACAUGCUAGGCAAACACUCUACCAAUGAGCUCCAUUCCCGGCCCUGGAUCUAACCUUUGAAGCUUAAACGAGAGGAGAAAAAUGGUCCGGGUAGGAAACUGGCCUCUUGUGGAUUCUGCAUUGUUCACUGGCUGGGCUGCUGAGUCCUUGCUACAAAUUAAAGGAAGCCUAAAAAAGAUUUUCCUUGUUCGUGGAUUUGGGAGAUCAGAGGACUUUUGCUGUGACUCUAGCCCUGUGGUGAGAGGUACUGUGUGACAGAAUAAAGUAAAAGAUGAAUGAUUCUGACCUAAGUUCUUUUUGCGUCUUAGGAAGAUCACUCAAAGUCUGCUUUUACAUUAGAAGAAAAAGUGCAGAAAUGGAGUGCAUUUAGUAAGGAAAUGUGCCAACGUAUUGUAUGAGUUGGUUCAGAUUACUUAAAAACAAAAUUGUUUCAUCUUUCUGUGUUCAUAGGCUGAUGUAGGUUAUGGCACAGAAGGAAGAAAACUGAGUUGUUUUAUUUUAGAAAUAAAACUGUCAAAUGGUGUUUAUAAAGGAACGAACAUCUAAAUUAUCUCCAGAAAAAAACAGGCACCUUUUCAUCUUGACUCAAGGCAUACUUUGUAUAAUGUGACCUGGGAGAAGGGAAUUGGUACAAGUUAAAAAAAUUUGCCCUAGUUUUGAGAUAGCCUGGCUGGAGUUUUAACAUCAUCAGCUAUUGUCUUGCUGCCUGUUCUGCUUGCACAGCCCAAUUUGCAAGAUUAUAGUUUUCAUUUACCUAUGUGCUGGAAUCUCAAAGAAGCAGCUAGUGGGAGGGAAAUUACUUGCCCUUUCAUGAAAUUCCCUGUAUUUUGGCUUUAAUCAUUACCAUUUCACUGUAGAUUACCUCAAAGCAGGUGCUUAAAAUAGCAAAUGCCAAGUCUUGACUUAGGUCUUGGCCUUCUUGUUGCUGGUAUUGGCGUUGAACUCAGGGCCUCAUGCAUACUAGGCAAGUGCUCCACCACUGAACUCUCCACAGCCCCUCCUAUGGCUUUUGAGAACAUGUUUCCUCAGGUCUCCACUCCAUUUGCUUUUUUUUUUUUGUCUUUUACUGUGCAUAUCCCUCGAGCCCUCUCUUCAUUAAUUAGGUUAAUUUGAGGGCCCCCUACAAUGUUUCACUUAGAACAAGUGAUUCCUCAGUAUUUUCUAGGGCAAGUUCUAAAGUUAGUUUGAUCAUCAUACUAGAUCUUUUGGCACAAAAUUUUGCAACUAAUACUACUUUAUGAUCUCAGUCCUUGUUGGAAAUAAAGUGGUUUGUGGCUUUUGUUUUUUUCUUCCUAGUCUUUGACUUGCAAUAGGAAUCAAUUAUUGAGGUAUGUGCAUGAAUUAAAUGCAGAAUUCCAGCUAGAAGGCUGGGGAUGCAGCUCUAUGUGAAGAUCUAAUGUUCAAUCCCCUCAUCAAAACCCCAAAUCCCCAGUUUUAUAACAGAAGAUUCAGAGUUGGUAAGAACUUCUUUCUAAAAAAUUGAAUGAGUUUUGUGUGUACCUACUUCCUCCCACUUGUUAAGAUGGUAGCUUAUUGAUUUAAUGUCACUUUUGUAAGAGUUUGAUACCUUUUCUUAACCUCCCGAAGGAAAGAAAUGUAAGCAAACUUAUAUGCAGAUCAUGUGGUUUUAUUGCCAUAUACUAGGGAUGACACUAAUAAACUGACUCUGUAAUUUAACAACUA